UUUUGUUCUGAAAGGGUAACGGAAGUUAAAAGUUCCACUUGAUAGAAUCUGGCGCUCAUUUUCUGACGUCACGACGCUGUACGUGCCGAGCUGCUUCCUCCACCAGCAGCAAACAGCAACAGAGAAAAUGGCCGGUCACCGGUUGGUCCUGGUUUUAGGUGACCUGCACAUCCCGCACCGCUGCAACACACUGCCUGCAAAGUUCAAGAAGCUGCUGGUUCCAGGAAAGAUCCAGCACAUCCUCUGCACAGGGAACCUCUGCACCAAGGAGAGCUACGACUACCUGAAGACGCUGGCUGGAGAUGUCCACAUCGUCCGAGGAGACUUUGAUGAGAACCUUAAUUACCCGGAGCAGAAGGUGGUCACGGUGGGCCAGUUCAAGAUCGGCCUGAUCCACGGCCACCAGGUGAUCCCGUGGGGCGACAUGGCCAGCCUGGCUCUGCUCCAGAGACAGCUGGACGUGGACAUCCUCAUCUCUGGGCACACGCACAAGUUUGAGGCCUUUGAGAAUGAAAACAAGUUCUACAUCAACCCGGGUUCUGCCACUGGAGCCUACAAUGCACUGGAACGAAACAUCAUCCCCUCUUUUGUAUUAAUGGACAUCCAGGCGUCCACAGUGGUGACCUACGUUUAUCAGCUGAUCGGGGACGACGUCAAAGUGGAGAGAAUCGAGUACAAGAAGUCUUGAGAGGGAGGCGAGCGUGACGCUCAAGAGCUCUGUGUACCAUUUCAUUCCUGUCCAGCAGGGGGCAGUAAACCACCAGUCCUCCCAAUGCUGCUGCUGUAACACUUGUGUUUUUCACCUUGAAGCAGCAGUGCAACAUUUUGUUUAUAAGUCAUCAGCUUUGCUGCAUCAUUCACAUUUUUGCUCUUAAACUAAAUAUGUACUCCCCCAUUAUGCCCCAUUAUGUUAUUGUACAUUUAAGCUCUUUAGUUUUCAGCUGUUUCUCAUUGUUUCCACAAUAAAAGUCUAAUUUUUCCUUA